GUCCUGUGGCAGUGAUCAGCGGAGAGGAGGAUUCAGCCAGUCCCCUCCACCACAUCAACCAUGGCAUCACGACACCCUCAUCCCUGGACGCCGGCCCAGACACAGUGGUGAUCGGCAUGACCCGGAUUCCUGUCAUCGAGAACCCACAGUACUUCCGACAAGGUCACAACUGUCACAAGCCAGACACGUAUGUCCAGCAUAUUAAGAGGAGAGACAUCGUUUUGAAGAGGGAGCUGGGAGAAGGUGCUUUUGGAAAGGUGUUCUUGGCCGAGUGUUACAACCUCAGCCCCACCAAUGACAAAAUGCUGGUGGCAGUGAAGGCGCUGAAAGACCCCACCUUGGCAGCUCGCAAGGAUUUCCAGAGGGAGGCAGAGCUGCUCACCAACCUGCAGCAUGAGCACAUCGUCAAGUUUUACGGCGUGUGUGGUGAUGGUGACCCACUCAUCAUGGUCUUUGAGUACAUGAAGCAUGGCGACCUGAACAAAUUCCUGAGGGCACAUGGCCCAGAUGCUAUGAUCCUCGUGGAUGGGCAGCCUCGACAAGCCAAAGGGGAGCUAGGGCUAUCCCAGAUGCUCCACAUCGCUAGCCAGAUCGCCUCUGGAAUGGUGUACCUUGCCUCCCAGCACUUUGUCCAUAGAGACCUGGCCACCAGGAACUGCUUGGUCGGAGCCAACCUGCUGGUGAAGAUUGGAGACUUUGGGAUGUCAAGAGAUGUCUACAGCACUGAUUACUACAGGGAAGGGCCGCGUCCGAAGGGCCAGUUCAGCGCAGCGUGGCAGCGACAGAGACUGGCACCGCCGGCAGCUGCAACAGUUGGAGGACACACCAUGCUGCCUAUCCGUUGGAUGCCUCCGGAGAGCAUCAUGUACAGGAAGUUCACAACAGAGAGUGAUGUCUGGAGCUUUGGGGUGAUCCUUUGGGAGAUCUUCACGUAUGGGAAGCAGCCCUGGUUUCAGCUCUCAAAUACAGAGGUCAUUGAAUGCAUUACCCAAGGCCGAGUUUUGGAAAGGCCUCGAGUCUGCCCCAAGGAGGUUUAUGACAUCAUGUUGGGCUGCUGGCAGAGAGAACCUCAGCAAAGGCUCAACAUCAAGGAGAUCUACAAAAUCCUUCAUGCUCUGGGCAAGGCCACACCAAUCUACCUGGACAUCCUUGGCUAGCAGUGGCCACUUGUUGAAAGUCCCUGCUCCUUCCUUCCUCCCUUCCUUCCCUCUCCUCCUCCCAAGUCCUUUGCCCCUCAGCUCCCACGCAAACAUCUUCAUAUAAACUCAAGUGCCUGCUACACAUACAACACUGAAAAAAAAAACAAAACAAAAAGCAAACCAACAAAAAAUCCCACAAAACAACAACCUGUAAGGCAGUUUGGCUUAUAUAUAUAUUUAUAGAUAUCUCUCUAUAUAUAACUUCCACACCAAUACAGAAAGAAGCUGCUGUUACAGAAAAUUAUAAGACUUUAAAAAUUAAAGAAACAAAGGGAGAAAAAAGUACUUAAAAAGAUAUAUAUAAUUAAAAAAAAAAAAAGAAAA